GCCCCUUCUCACACAUCUUCUAGUGAAAACGAGAAGAUGGUGCAUGACAAGUGUUGCCGUCAGCACUUGAAAAGAAUGGCAGUGUGGUUGUGCAAUCUUCCAUAAGCUACAUGAUGAAGCGGAUGAUGUUGAAGCCAUCACCAGAUCUUGGCAAUUGUUUGUGCAAGCGGUAUCCUUGUCUGUAAAAUGGUUGGAUACUGUACUUUUUCCGAGAGUGUGUGUGACUGGAGGCUUGCAUCACUCCGUCGUCUUUCUAUCAUUUCUUCGAGUAAGUUCGUCACUUCAAUCCACAUAAAACAAGUGCCGCAGUGAUCGACGGGACUGCGAGGUUGCUCAGACUUUUCACUUAGUGUGCGCCAUGGACAUAAGGGGAAGGAAUGACCUCCGGCACUUGGAACUGGCAAGAUCGAUCGUAACGCUUUUACAGGCAGCGCAGACAUGUAGCGAAAGAUAACAGAAGGCACGCAGGAAACGAUUCCCUGGUUUUCUUUCACCAGAUGCUCGAUUUUGAAGGAUGGUCAUUCAGUCAUGUUGGUUCAUCCAUGUCGGUCUUGGUUGGUGUUGGUUCACCUUUCUCGACAAAGACUCGCGCCUCACACAGAACAAAUGUGAGCGUGAUCAUUGUGGGAUAGCCGCCCGGGUUGGUGUCCCGUUCCACUCAUGGAAACCAGGGACAGGAAGGCAGGCCAGUUCCUUUCCAUGCGUAUAUACUCAGCAGAUUGACUCGGACAUCCACAAGAACAGAAGCAGAAGCCCACGCUCGAAUUCAUUCCUCUGACGAACGAACAUUUCCCAGUCUGGCAAGGCCUUGCCUCCUACCACGAUGUCUGCCCAAGCCAGUAUCAUCGCGCCAGUGGAAAAUUCACCCGAACCAACGGAGAUGGCAGGCUAUCAUUCCCCAUAUCGUACCGGCCAUGCUAUGGGUGACUGGACGGAUUUCCAUAUGAAUGUCCGUCCCGAGUCUGGCGAAUCCGUAAGAAUGGACGCAUUUGCAGCCCUUCAGUUGAUUACCAAGGUAGCCUAUACCGUCCAGAUGUUCGAUGAACUCCAGCCAUACCUAGUGUCCCAGGAUCAAACGGCAGCCAAAUACCACGACUUCUUUGAUACAAUGUGUGAGUAUGUCCUUCUCUGCCAUCUACGAAAGGUGUACGAGGCAACGCCAAAAGUAGCUUCAAUACAAGUGUUGCAUAGCAAAAUACUUGCAUACUCGAUGGUACUACGGGAUACGUACGAGUCUUUGGUAAGAACCAGGAACCCGGAUUCACAAGAGACGAAGCCAAAACUGCAGCAAUUGCAUAGAAUACUUGAAGUGAUCCUGGAGCCCAGCUUUCUCCGAACAAUAUGUUCCGAACAAGAAGCCGCUUUUCUUUGCAACUGCAGCCACUUUACCUCUGGUUACCUGCCUCAUGAGGAUAUCGAACAAAACGUGUGUAACCUGGUAGUCGCUCUUCGCGAUGAUGGUGAAGCUGGACUAAGACGUGAGCCGAACAAAAUCCUCGGCCUCUGGCCCGAGUUACCAGAUGGACUGUUACCUCAUACCCGGAUGUCCCGUCCCAGAUACAAUGACAAAUUUUGGGAUUUUAGGGAAAGUUAUGUGUACCGGCCUCCAAUUGGCGUUCUUCGAUCUCAUAUUUUGAACAGCUUGAAACUCAGCCCCAAGCGAGGCGGCCGGUAUCAUCGCAUUCGGAAGCCCAGUAUGAAGAGCGGUGCGCUUCGAUGGAUACUGGCAACUGACAAUGACGGAAGCACUGAACCGGAGGAUGGACGUAGGGUCUUCAUAAACUGGCUUCAAGCGAUUCCGGAGAACACCACAGAAAACGCCACGGCCCAGAAAAAUCUUUUCUGGAUUUCCGGUCAUCCUGGUGUUGGUAAAAGCGUUUUGAUGAGGCUGAUCGUUGAUACGGUUCUUCGCAACCGUUCUAUUCCCAAGCCCAUCGGAAAUACAGGAGAUCGGGACCCAAUUAUACUCUUCUACUUUUACCAAGACCGACAAGAUCCGUUCUACAACACCCAUCGGUACAUGCUCAACGAUCUGCUUCUCCAACUCUUCGAGCAAGAGCCAUUGGUGCUUGAUAGUAUCUUCAUGCAAAGGUGGUACAAACUACUGGGCAUGAGCGAUGUGGAUGUUCCUCUACCCAGCUACAUCCCUCGAGAGGCAUGGAAGGACAACUUCAUUCCCACGGAAAACUCGCAUUGGUCAACCAAGUGGUUAGAGGAAUACUUCAUUGCGGCGUUGACCGGGUUGGAUUCGUUCAGACCGGUUUACAUAUUUUUGGAUGGACCAUCAGGUUUCAGAACGCAGACCUGGGAGGAUAACAACGCGGACUAUUUCCACUUCACGAAGUUCAUUGAGAAAGUUCGCAACAUCCAACCUUGGCACAAAAUCAAAGACAGAGAACAAGCCGGGGGUAUCACAGCUGCCAUCCCCGUAACGAAUUCGAUCAAAAUCAUCGUAGCGAGCAGACCGGAAAAAGACUUCCACGACUUCCAUCUUCCUCGCAAAGUCAUCAAAUCUGGGUCAGUCAUGACAGUUGGCGUGGAAGCCCCGAUGCUUCGUGUCCAGGACAUCAACGGCAAUGACAUGAAACUUAUCUGCCGCCACAGGCUCGGCAUGUUGGAGAAAGGUUACAGCACGAAGACCCCGAGAUGGCGUCAGAAGAUAAUGGAAGAGACGGUGGAAGACAUUGUGAAGGAAGCCAACGGGUGUUACCAAGUGUUACAAGACGCUUUGGAUCGUCAUUCUCAGACCAAGUUUGACGAAGAUGGAGAACAAGUGCCGUCUUGUUGGUCCUCCUGUUUUCCAUGCCAUGACAGCAAAAAGGAUUUGUGCUACAAUCAAGAUUUGGAGCUCGGAAAACUUCACGAACGCGAUGCCCUUCUGGUCCGGGACAGAACUGAUGCUGACGUCCAUCUACCAAGAUCAUUCAGGCUCUACAGCUCCAUGCUUUCUCAAAUCUGUUGGGUCAACCAACUCAACGACUCUCGCGACAUCUCAUACUAUCUCAACCUUAUCCUCGCCCACAACCACUCCUAUCGUUUCACCUCGGUCCGUUUGAAAAAUCGGCCCCUGUCCCUCCUUGAAGUUGUUCUGGUUGAGGGAAACAAACUGCCUCUCUACCCCUCAACAGAAACAGUUGACCGUCUCUGGCAGAAUUGCCAAUUAACAGCCAACAAACUCAACAAGGACCUAUACCCCUUCGUCGUGCUGCAGGAUAUGGAACCUCAACACCAAGUCUUGCCUCCCAAAAGCUUAAAGUCAGGGAAUGGCCAGACCAAAUACGAGCAAAACGACUACGCCGACCUCAUCCCCUUCGCCAACCGCGCCAUUGUUCCCAUCCAUCCGCGUUUCAUAGAUUUCCUCGUCUCCAUGCCCGAAGGCAUCGAGCUCCUCAACCGAGACUGUGGCUGUAACAAUGGCCAGUUCACCCCCAAUGAGCAUGGCAAGUUAGUCUGCCAAUGUACCUCCUCAGACCGCCUGCAAUGGCACGAAAAACGAAUCAAACGAUUACUCUGCGCUUCCCUCUUCGAACACCGCUUUUUGCUUCCUACCCUACAAGACAUAAGGCCAGUCUACAAAAAACACGUUCAACUGAUUGAGUCCUCAAAGGAACUUUGUCACUUGGCGGAUUUGGUAGAAGGGGAUGAUCCUAUCGUGCAUCUCCGUGUGGUUUCACGUCCGGGUCCGGCCCCUUCCGCCUCUCUUCUUCCACCUACACAAUCUACACCUUCCGCUUCCACCUCCUGGCACAUGGAAGGAAACCGGGGUGGAUCUGGAAGGAAAAGAAGUUGGUUUCCUCGGGAAUGGGUGGAGGAAUUCUCGAUGAAGGAGCCGAAGGGGCUGUGGGGGAGGUUUUCGGAAAUGUUUACCUCUGGCAAAACGCAGACACCGAGUAUUGAACUGCAGAACCAGGAGGCGCGGAAGAUGGUAGCGAAUACUUCCUCUAUGAAGAAGGAGAAAAUCACUGGGAACACCACUUCUAGGAACACGGAGAUUAAAGGGCGAGGGGAUUGGGUGUUGAAUGUACCUGCAGAUAACCGUCCUCCUCCACCGCACGACCUAUCAAGCCCGAGUGAGAGAAGGGGUAAUGAUUAGGGAGAGUGGCGGAAGAAGGGAUGUAGCUGCCCCUGGUGAUGCUAUGUUGGAUGAUCAGGACAGAGAAUAUGAUACUGUUUCUACUUGUUGAGCAUGUGAUCAUCGUGAUAUGUAGCAGCACCUCUCCUUCAAACCAACUUCACUCCCUCUCCCACACUUCCCCUCCGUCCAAAAC